UGUAAUACUAUGAAGACCGCGAACACACGGCGAUGGAUGACCUGAAAGCCUGGCUGCAACAGAAGUUGGGGGAGCGCUUGUAUAAAAAGCUCAGCGAGGAGAAUAUCAACGCGCUGCACCAGGAAGGGUAUGACAAGGACACGCUCAGCCUGGCGUCACGAGAAAGCCUCAAGGAAUUGCAAUUCCCCCUCGCCAUUGUCGACAUACUGCUCGCGAAAUGCGGCUCGGCGGCAGGGCCGGGCUCACAAAGCACGGGAGCUGGAGCCUCGGCGUCUGACCUGGGCGUGGGUAACGCGACAGGAGCUGGCAUGUCCAUAAGCAAGGUCAGCGCGCGCCGCUUGCAGCGCAUCUCAAGUGCCUUGGGGAUGAAGCAGAUUGAGGCAGUGUCGGAGCCGCCGCUCGACGCGCAGCCAGUGCUGGGCACCGAGUCAUUCACCUGGACCAGCUGCUCGGAGAGCAACGCUGCACAGCCCACUGCGGCCAUCCCUUGGAUGAAGCGCAACAUUCCUGCACCGCCCAAGCACGAGUGGAUCGACUGCGUCGGCCAGCAGCACAUGCUGGACUGCCGCCUGCCGGGCGCCGACGUGCUGGCGCUCAAAGGCUCGUGCGACCUAGCCCUCUGCACUUCGGCAGCUGUGCAGGCGUUUUCGCCACACCUAGGCCUGCGCAUAGUGGUGGAACUGAAGAAGGAGGUCAAGUCCGGCCAUGUAGACCAGCUGGCCGCGAAGCUCGUCGCAGCCAACUCCGUCAGCCCGAACUUCAAGCCCAUUGCCGUCAUGACGGACCUGGUGGACGCGUGGCUCAUCGCGUGGAUUGGGCGUGAAACGAUCAUGAUCUAUCCCUGCCACGACCGCGCCAAGGCCGUAGGCAUACUGCGGGCCUUCCUUGACAAGGAGCACCUCACGCAGGACAGCGCCCACAUUGCGCAGCAGCCAGAGCAGCUGACAGCCGCCGAGUCGGGGGCGGAGGCGGAGGUGGGCCGGCUGCUCAAGCGCCAGCGGCUGCCGACUGGGGCGGCGGCCGGGCGCGGCAAUGAUGUGGCCAACCUGGAGGACCUGCUGGACUUCGCCGAUGACCUGGAUGAGGCGGACAUGCACCAGAUCAAGUGCUACACCCUGCAGCAGCUGCUGCGGGAGCGGUACGCCCCGGUCGCGCCUGCAGUGCCGCCAGCCUGAGGCGUGGCUGCUCCGCUGAACAUGAUGUACAUGUGAGGGCUGAGGUUACGGAAGGCCGAGGCUGAAUGCCGCGCUGCAAGUUGGGUCAGGAGGUUAAGGGCGCGAGGUGUGUGUUGGGGUAGCUCGUGUCAGAUCAUCGAGCAUAAUUGAGGGAGGUGAUUUGGUGAGGCCACGGAUCACCAAGGCCAAGAUUGUAUGCAGUGCAUCAACGAGGGAUUGCCGCCACCUGCCAUUCCUGACACAGAAAUGGGUGAUCGAGAAAACGGAGACCUCGGCGGCGGCGCGGAUAGCGCGGAUAUGUGGCGGUGGGAAUGUGUGGCGGUGGGGAUGACGCCAACGGCGGCGGCUUCGUGCGGCCGGGCCGGGCCAAGGGGCUUGCUUGGGUUGACUGAGGGUCUGUCGCCGUGUUGCCCAGGUGCGAAAGCGGUAUGGCCGAUGACCCAUACACAUGUUAGGUUAGUGCGCCCGCCUGCGGGGCUUGCGCCACCUGUGUGGGAUGCGGUGUGUCUCGCUGCUAUGUCUGCCCUGGACUUUGGUCGGCAGCGUAUGGUUAUGGCCGGGCUGGCGGCGCGAGCGAAGCUGCCGUCGGCCCGGGUGCUGAGCAUUGGACUUGCCGUCGUAGCUGACUUCUGGGGUCGUCUCCAGACGUUUGUGACUUUGGGUAUCAGGCCAAAGGGUUGGGACACUGUGCCGUCUGCGCAUCCUUUCAUCUCUCGGGCUGUUGGUGAAGGCAUGGUAUUGCGCUUGCCGUAUGACGCUGAUUCCCCGCCUCCUUCGCCGUGAGAGGUUGUGGGUGGUUGGUGGCUUUGUGUGUGGGCAGGACGCACGUGUGGGCGACCGUUCUAGUGCCUGGACGCUUGCGCCCUGGUUAGUGCGUGCGCUGUGCGUGUGUGCUGCGGCCUGGACGAUUCCCGGCACUCCGGUGCCUAGGCUUGUGGCGUUGAGGCACAGCGGUGGGGCUCUGGCGGGUUGAGGCUUGGCUAGGACUCACUGUGCGCGGAGUCACACGGACUUUGCCCGCGGGAGGGUUUGCAGCAAAGUCGGGGUUGGUGGAGUCAAGUUGGGCCCUGAUAGCAUGUGAUGGCUCGGCGUCUUCGGGUGCUGGGACUGUCCCCUCUGUAAAAUCCGCAUUCAUACACAUGGGCGCAAGGAAAUUGCCGGCUGGUACGCCUGAGUGCGCAGACGUUUGUGUGGGGGCCCGCCGGUUCUUGAGGGCGGUACAGUGAGGAGUGGAUGAUGCGCCACAAACACUCACAUGUCCUGUUAAAAGUUGUGUGUUAAAGAGCACAAGGAAAACAUUACGCGUAGGACAGUGUAUGCUAGUUGUGUGUGUGUGUGUGUGUGUGUGUGUGUGUGUGUGUGUGUGUGUGAGUGUGUGAGUCCCGGCUGCUGUGAGACUCCUGAGACUUCUGAGACUCCCGUACAUACAUAUCUCCCGUCAACCCAUUCAAGGUUUGCUGCAUCUACACCGUCGCCGUCCCGAAGCCAAGACCUUCAUCCAAGGGCCGCGUGUGUGUGCCUGUGUACGCACCAUACGCGUGUGUUCGUGUUCGUGUGCCUGGUAUCACCCCAGUCCUACGGUUAUUAGUGGUGGCACGACCGACAAGCGGUUCAUCGCGUCUUCAUACGUGAGCCCGUGCACUACAACGCAUUACACAACCCGUGGGCGCGAAAUUUUUUUGUACUUUCCAGGAUAGCGGGGGCUGGACACGACAUACCAUGAAGUACGGAGGUUCAGAUGACGGCGUUGGGGCCAAUCGCGGCGGAGGGAAUGGAAGGUGUGAAGCGGCACGGCAUUGAUACAAACGGUGGGGCUCUGGCGGUUGCGUAGCUUGGCUUGGACUCACUGUUUGCGGAGUCACACGGACUUCGGCAGGGGGCGGGUUUGAACGUGCAUGGGGGGGCUGGGUUCGCGGGUGAAGUUAACAAUUUUACGGAGAACUGGGUGCCGCAGGGUGCUACAGACUGGUACGAGUGCUAAGCCUUGGCAGGAACGUGGUACAGCUGUGUCGCAACAAAUGCCGGUUGAGCGGUUGGUCGGUCGGUCGGCCCCUCAAGGCGGGUCCCCUCAACGGGGGGCCCUGGGGAUAUCGGGACGUGGGGUCUGGCACAGGGGGGGGGGUAGAAAGCUCAGAUUCUUACCCCAUGCUCAAAAUUACAGAGCUUUAGGAGAGCAUUAUGCACGUACUUUUAGUUUCUUAAGGGGGUGUCUGGUGAGGAAGUUCUGGGCCGCCAAAGUUGGGGGGUCGGUCCUCGUCCCUGGGGGUCCGUCGGGUUCCAGGAGCCCAUCCCGGCGGAUUUCGGGAAGCGCCCCACAAGCAGAACUAGGGGCCAAACGCAGCAGUACGAGGCUCAUAUGUGCACGUUAUGACGUAAUAAGCACAAACAAAGCGUGGGAGGGCUAAGUUGCGCGUCCGGGCGUGGACAUGUCGGGACAUGUCUCCACAUUCAACACAUGCGCACUGACACAGCUUGGCUCUGAAGCGCUGGUGCGCUCGAGUUCACGUCUAACAAGGCUGCCGGUGCACAUUGUCCAUUCGUCACGCGGCAGAGAGUUGAGCGCGGGGUGGUCUGGGUCGAGGGGAUUUCCAUGGAUAGGAUCCCAGUGACCGAAGUCUCAGAACAGGACCGCUGAUGACACGGAGUGAUAGUGCUCGUCAACAGGAGUCGAUUGACACCACUUUGGAAUUAAAUGGAGGGGUUUUAACCCCUGAACAACAAGGUUUUGUCCGUCGGGGGGUCGGUCGUCCCCUCAAGGGGGGGUCCCGGGGGAUUUCGGGGCAUGGGGUCUGGCACUUUGUUUCCUACCCCCCCCCCCCUGUCUGGCACAUUGUUUCCUACCCCCCCUGGCUGCGGUGAGGCUUGUGUAAGAUUCAGAGGCG